AUGACCACCGACGCCACGCUUGACCUGCUGGCUGGUGGAGAAAGCCAUAUUCCGAACUACAAUUGCAGAGGGCAGAAUAACCUGCUGGCAGUUGUUGAAGCGGCUUAUUCUGAAAUCUCCAAACUGAUUUCAACCAUGCUGAGCAUCUACAAAAUCCCACAGGUAGAUUUGAGAUGGGAGGCCAGCUGAAUAAAAUUCUUAUUUGUGGUCGCUUCUGGCAAAAAAGGCGGGGGGGGGGGGAAUCCAUAAAAAGACCAAUGGACGGCAGUAGCCUUUAAAGCAAUUUGGAUCUGAUUUGAAAAAGACCUCUUCCUUUUUCUCCCUUUUGUUAUGUUAAAUUCUAUAUAACCUGGUUGGCCACAUGUACCAGUGCUGUGCUAUGCUAUCUAUAAACCAUUUUCUAACUGAAAUGGAUCCAAAUGGUCGUUUAUUCCAAAUUUGUUCCCAGGGUUAUUCCUCUAAUUCUUCUCCAAAACCGAUUAGUGUAGAGGUCUCUGUGUUCAUAUAAUCCCACUCUUUCCCACCUAGCAAAUGAGUCUGAUUUAGGUGCUGUGCGAAAGGAAGAACGAGAGAAUGUGGAUCCAAGCUGAGAUAGAGAUGAGAGUUGAACCAGUGAUCCACAUAGCCAAGGCUCCUUUUAUGUUUUCCUGAAAAUAAAACACAAAUCCUUUUCUUACUAGGUCAGUGCUGGCUUCGCCACUCAUGUCCUUAGCGACAAAACCCAGUUCCCUUUCGUCUACACAAUGGCCCCAAAUGAGGAAACUCAGUACUGGGGCAUUGUCAAGUUGCUCCUGCAUUUUGGAUGGACGUGGGUUGGCCUCUUCGCUCCAGACAACGACAAUGGAGAGACUUUUAUGAACGCCGUCAGGCCGCUGAUGACCAGUAGUGGGAUUUGUGUGGCCUUCUCGGAAAGAGUCCUUGACGUGACCCUAUCCGAAAUGUUGUCACAGAGUGAACCACCUGCCAUGUGGAGACGAGCCAACGUAUUUGUUUACUAUGGGGAUGCCGAACACCAGUUUGGUCCCAUCCUCAUGAUACAGCGCAUUCUUGGAAAGGUGUACGCAGGGGCGAAAACCUGGAUCACAACAGAUAUCCAGGGCAUCAGUUCAAUAUUGUUUUCUGAUACCCAGGACUUCCUGCUCACCCAUGGCGCUUUGUCCUUUGUAAUGAAGACCAAACAAAAGGGGACGCACAAGCACUAUCAACCAGACUUAUUUGCUUCUCUGCGGUUUUGGCAGAAAGCGUUCAACUGUUCGUGUUCAACGGAUGAGUUGCCUGUGAGAGGCUGGACAAGAUGCACGGAGAAGGGGGAACUGGAGACUCUGCUCAAAAAUGAUCCCGAUGAAACCAUGUCUCGUGAGAGCUACAGCAUUUAUUACAGCGUCCAAGCCUUGGCUCAGGCCUUAGACACCGCAUAUUCAUUCAGAUCCAAGUGGUCAGUGGUUGGUGGAGGAGACAAGUGGAGCCUUCAAAGGCUACAACCAUGGCAGGUAUUUCCAUUCUCCUUUUGCUACAAAUUGCAAUCCAUUGUCCAGUCCUGGAGUCCUGAUCCAGAAUUAUAGUUGUGCUUAGCCUCCUCCUCCUCCUCCUCCUCUUCCUCCUCCUCCAUAAAGAUGUGUAAUCAUAUUGCCAUGAAUUUGUAGGUGCUAGACCCACCUAAAUUCCUGAGUUUAGUAGGUGUUAUAAUGUUUGGAAUCCCUGCGAAGGGGUGAGCUCCCGUUGCUCGGUCCCUGCUCCUGCCAACCUAGCAUUUUGAAAGCACGUCAAAGUGCAGUUAGAUAAAUAGGUGUUGGGAUACUGGCGGGUGUUGGGAUACUGCCAGGGAGACAAAGUCCAUCAUGGCCCCCAAGCCGGCUGCCAGACGAUCCAUCGAUCUCCCGUAGUCACGCAGUAUCAGCAAUUAGUGACAUGAGUUUCUAGAAAUAACUUGCCACAUUCCAGAGCUCAUGCACACUCUAUCAGCAGAUAAUGCACAGCCAAAAGUUGCACUCAGGAGAGCAUUAUUUACAAGUUUAUUCAGCGUUGAUCAGAACACAGAAAAACAUGACUGCCUGCUUUAGUGUCUACGACACACAGAGAGAAAACGAAAGCAACAGAAAACAUAAACUUCCUGUGAACAGGAAAUAUGCAGACUCUGACUCACAAAGCCUGCUCCCUUUUAAGGUGGAACGGAAAUAUCCUAACAUCGGGAAGGUAAACGGCAUUUCCGUGCACUGCUCUGGUUCACCAGAAGCAGCUUAGUCAUGCUGGCCACAUGACUUGGAAGCUGCCUGAGGACAAACACCAGCUCCCUCGGCCUAUAGAGUGAGAUGAGCGCCGCAACCCCAGAGUCGUCAGGGGUACCGUUUAUAAUGUAUGGAAGUGAGAGCUGGACCAUAAAGAAGGCUGAUCACCAGAGAAGCUUUUGAAUUAUGGUGCUGGAGGAGAUUCUUGAGAGUCCCAUGGACUGCAAGAAGAUCAAACCCAUCCAUUCUGAAGGAAAUCAGCCCUGAGUGCUCACUGGAAGGACAGAUCCUGAAGCUGAGGCUCCAAUACUUUGGCCACCUCAUGAAAAGAGAAGACUCCCUGGAAAAGACUCUGGUGUUGGGAAAGAUUGAGGGCACAAGGAGAAGGGGACGACAGAGGACGAGAUGGUUGGACAGUGUUCUCGAAGCUACCAGCAUGAGUUUGACCAAACUGCAGGAGGCAGUGGAAGACAGGAGUGCGCUCUGGUACAUGGGGUCAUGAAGAGUCGGACACGACUAAACGACUAAACAACAAAUAAUUUUUCUUUGGCUCAUUGCUCCGCACGCGUCAAUCCUCCCUUUGGGUGUAAUUUGCUCAAACACACACUACACACAGGCACUAUUAGGAAGUUUGCACACAAUCCCACCGUUAUCAUAUGGAGUUGUCGCGCUUUCUGAAUGCUGGCGCUUUCUCUGCCGUUGCAGUUCCACACUUUGUUGAAAAAAACCCAGCCUUCAAAUUCUUCCAUGGGAGAGUUUUAUUUUGAUGAGAACGGGGAGAUUCUGGCCAACUUCAACAUUGUGAACUGGGUCCUGUUCCCCAAUCAAACUCGCGCCAGAGUGAAAAUUGGGAGCGUCGAGGGGCAGGCAUCCUCCAAUGUCAAGUUUACCAUCAACCCAGAAGCCAUUGUGUGGCCGUUGCAGUUUAACAAGGUAUUUAUUUUUUUUUAAAAAAAAGAUUUUCAGUUUUAUACAUUUCAAUAAUUUUACAAUUGUCUUAACAUUUCGAAACUCGACUUCCUUUCCUCUCUUUUUGCUAUUCCUUAAAUCUAUUUUUUAAUAUUUUCUGGAUAUUCCAAAUUAACUUAAUUUGCUCAUUUAUUCAUCUACUGUAAAUAUAAACUCGUAUAAAACUGCAGGUUAUUACAAUAAUCCCGCCUAUGUUCUUAUCUGUUUACUGUUUAUUAAAUAAGCCAUUUCCAUUCUUUUAUUAAAAGUUUGUUAUCUUGUUUUUCCCCCCGGCAAGUUUCGCCAUUUCUGCAUAUUCCGUAAGUUUUUGUAUCCAUUCUUCUUUUGCUGGGAUGACUUCGUCUUUCCAUUUUUGGGCAAGUAACAUUCUUGCUGUUGUAGUAAAUUUCUAUAUAGUUUGGGAAGUUCUGUCCCUAUAAUUCCCUAAAGGAAAGCUUCUGGGUUGUUUUUUUAACAAACAUUAUUUCAAACAUCUUUUUCAAUUCAUUCUGUAUCAUUUCCCAGUAAGCUUUAAUCUUACUUCAAGACUACCACAUAUGAUAAAAAGAACCUUCUUUCUCUUUACAUUUCCAACCCUUGUUUGAUUUUGAUUUAUACAUUUUUGCCAAUUUACUCGGUGUUAGAUACCAUCAUUAUAACAUUUUUUAAUAUACCACAUUUUUUGCUCUAUAAGACUCACUUUUUCCCUCCUAAAAAGUAAGGGGAAAUGUGUGUGUGUCUUAAGGAGCAAAUGCAGGCUUCGCAGCUAUCACAGAAGCCAGAACAGCAAGAGGGAUUGCUGCUUUCACUGCGCAGCGAUCCCUGUUGCUGUUCUGGCUUCUGAGAUUCAGAAUAUUUUUUUUCUUGUUUUCCUCCUCCAAAAACUAGGUGCAUCUUGUGGUCUGGUGCGUCUUAUAGAGCGAAAAAUACGGUAAUUUCCCUUUAAACCAUAGCAUGCUGUAAAUUUUAUAUCCAUAUUCCACAAUCGUUUCCAUGCUUCCAUGGGAGUCUAACAAGCUAGAAGCUUUCCUAAGAACCUGCCUUAUGCUGAGUCAAGUCCCUCAAACACAGUAUUAUCUAUUCUAUACUCAGCAGAAUUCCAGGCAGUGCAUGCUGCCAGCCCUACCAGGAGCUUCCUGCAGGGAUUGAACCCGUGACCUUCUGCAUGCAAGGCACCUGCUCUUCCACUGAGCUACAGGAAAUGCUUUGCAUCGUUCCCUUGGUGUGACUUGGUUAAGUUCUGAUAAUUCCCUGUCUCUGAGUUUUGGGCCCCUACUAACCCUAACCUUUGGUGGGUGAGCUCCCCACUUCCUCUUUAGUGAUUUUGACACUGCUCAUUUCCUUGCCCUCUCCAUUUAUACCACACAGCCACCACAAACCACAAUAUAUAGGUGGGACAUGGGUAGCGCUGUGGUCUAAAUCACAGAGCCUCUUGGGCUUCCCAGUUGGAAGGUCGGCGGUUCGAAUCCCUGCGACGGAGUGAGCUCCCGUUGCUCUGUCCCAGCUCCUGCCAACCUAGCAGUUCAAAAGCAUGCCGGUGCAAGUAGAUAAAUAGGUACCACUGCGAUGGGAAGGUAAAUGGCAUUUCCGUACGCUCUACGGCUUCCGUCCCAUUGCGCCAGAAGCAGUUUAGUCAUGCUGGCCACAAGACCCAGAAAGCUGUCUGUGGACAAACGGCGACUCCCUCGCCUUGAAGUGAGAUGAGCACUGCAACCCAUCGUCGCCUUUGACUGGACUUAACCGUCCAGGGGUCCUUUACCUUUUACCUUAGGGGUGUUUUUUGUUCAGGACCUUCUGCUGAUACGUUUAAUUUCUGCUGAUAAUCUGUGCAUUUCUAGGUUGAUUUUUCACAGUUACUGUUUGUUAUUACUGUUAUUCUAGAACUUAAAUUUUGCUUAUUUUUGCUAUCAUGUCUGGUUUCUUUCUUCUUUUUUUAAAAAAAUGAUAUUUAUUAAAGUUUCAAAGAAUACAAAAACAAAAAAUAAAAAUACAAGAAAAUACAAAAUACAGAAAAAAGAAUAAAAUUUUUAAAAUAUAACAAAAAAAAGAAAAAUAAAGAAAAACAUACAAGAUAAAAACAGUUAAAAACACGUUAACUUUCCAUAGCAUAUCUUCCUUACCCUUAUUUCCCCGGACCUCCUCAUACCUCCCUUUUUGUAUUCCAGUUCAGUUUGUUAGUUCUGCAAAUCCUUACCAUUAAGCUUUUACCCAUUUGUAAACCUUUUUCGUAUCUCUUAAAGCAUUACAGCUGGAAACCACUUAGUUUCUAUCCAACAUCCUUCUAAGAUUCAUUAAUUUUACAAUAUUUCUGUAAAUAGUCUUUAAAUUUCUUCCAGUCUUCUUUCACCGACUCUUCUCGGAUUCUGCCAGUCAUUUCUGCCAAUUCCAUGUAGUCAAUCACCUUCAUCUGCCAUUCUUCCAGAGUGGGUAGAUCUUGUGUCUUCCAAUACUUUGCAAUGAGUAUUCUUGCUGCUGUUGUAGCAUACAUAAAAAAAGUUCUGUCCUUCUUUGGCACCAAUUGGCCGACAAUGCCCAGGAGAAAGGCCUCUGGUUUCUUCAAGAAGGUAUAUUUAAAUACCUUUUUCAGUUCAUUAUAUAUCAUUUCCCAGAAAGCCUUAAUCUUUGGGCACGUCCACCAAAGGUGAAAGAAUGUACCUUCAGUUUCUUUACAUUUCCAGCAUUUAUUAUCGGGCAAAUGAUAGAUUUUUGCAAGCUUGACUGGGGUCAUGUACCACCUGUAUAUCAUUUUCAUAAUAUUCUCUCUUAAGGCAUUACAUGCCGUGAACUUCAUACCUGUGGUCCAUAACUGUUCCCAGUCAGCAAACAUAAUAUUAUGUCCAACAUCUUGUGCCCAUUUAAUCAUAGCAGAUUUCACCGUUUCAUCCUGAGUAUUCCAUUUCAACAGCAAGUUAUACAUUCUUGACAGAUUCUUAGUUUUGGGUUCUAACAGUUCUGUUUCUAAUUUUGACUUUUCCACCUGGAAGCCAAUUUUCUUAUCCAAAUUAUAUGCCUCCAUUAUCUGAUAGUAAUGAAGCCAAUCUCUCACUUUGUUUUUUAGUUUUUUUGAAACUCUGCAAUCUCAACUUGUCUCCUUCUUGUUCCAAAAUUUCCCAAUAUGUCGGCCAUUUGGCCUCCAUAUUGAGCCUUUUCAGAGCUUUUGCUUCCAUUGGUGACAGCCACCUUGGGGUUUUAUUUUCCAGUAAAUCUUUAUAUCUUAUCCAGACAUUAAACAAUGCUUUCCUGACAAUAUGAUUUUUGAAUGCUUUGUGUGCUUUGACCUUAUCAUACCAUAAAUAUGCAUGCCAUCCAAAUACAUUGUUAAAACCUUCUAAGUCCAAAAUGUCUGUGUUUUCAAGAAGUAGCCAUUCUUUCAACCAGCAAAAAGCUGCUGAUUCAUAGUAAAGUUUAAAGUCUGGCAGGGCAAAUCCACCCCUUUCCUUUGCAUCAGUUAAUAUCUUAAAUUUUAUUCUGGGCUUCUUGCCCUGCCAGACAAAUCUAGAAAUAUCUCUCUGCCACUUCUGCCACUGGUUUCUUUCAGUCUUGCACUCUGCCUUUGGUAUUAUACACAAACACAGAGUUGCGCCCAACAUCGGGGGGGGGGAGGGCACGGCUGGGUGUGAUGUCAUGCACAUUGCCUAUGAUGACUGUUGCAUUGGGAGACGCCUCCCAUGCCCUCCAGCAUUUAUCUGAUGAGAAUCGGGACAUCCCAUUUCAUAAUGAUAAUUUUACUAUACCCCACACAUCUGACUGGGUUGCCCCAGCCACUCUGAGCAGCUUCCAACAUAUAUAAAAACAUAAUAAAACAUUAAACAAUUAAAAAAACAAAACCUUCCCUAUGCAGGAUUACCUUCAGAUGACUCGGGGGUCUGAGAACUCCAUACCCACUAACAUUUGUCCAAUGAAAAUAGGGACGUCCUAAGGAAAAGCAGGACAUCCCGGGAUCAAAUUUGAAGCCGGGACAGCUUCUCUACAUCAGGGACAUCCCUGGAAAAUAGGGGCCUUUGGAGAGUCUGGCAUCUUUCUGAUGUGACAUUUGUAUGCGUGGCUGCGCUUGUCAGCCCGGGGCGACUUCCUGCCUGGCCAUGCCACGUCAGGGCAACAUGUCGCCAAGCCUCCUCUGCUCCUUCAAGAUUGGAGGUGCUGAGUCCCACCCCAGAAGACAUUGGGGAGGGCCCUGUAGAGGCCUCAGCCCCAUAGAGUUAGCACACCUGAUAUUAUGUAUAGUUAAAGGUAAAGGGUAAAGGAACCCCUGACCAUUAGGUCCAUUCGUGGCCGACUCUGGGGUUGCGGCGCUCAUCUCGCUUUAUUGGUCAAGGGAGCCGGCGUACAGCUUCCGGGUCAUGUGGCCAGCAUGAUUAAGCUGCUUCUGGCAAACCAGAGCAGCAAACGGAAAUACGGUUUACCUUCCUGCCGGAGCGAUACCUAUUUAUCUACUUGCACUACUUGUCAGCUUUCGAACUGUUAGGUUGGCAGGAGCAGGGACUGAGCAACGGGAGCUCACCCCAUCGCGGGGAUUCGAACCAGCGACCUUCUGAUUGGCAAGUCCUAGGCUCUGUGGUUUAACCCACAGCACCACCUGCAUUCCCAUUAUGUAUAUUAUGUAUAGUUAGGAUAUUUAAUAUUCCAGCCGAAUAUUAAAAACAAUACAGUGAUACCUCGGGUUACAGACGCUUCAGAUUACAGACACCGCUAACCCAGAAAUAGUACCUCAGGUUAAGAACUUUGCUUCAGGAUGAGAACAGAAAUCGCGUGGCGGCAGCGGAAGGCCCCAUUAGCUAAAGUGGUACCUCAAGUUAAGAACAGUUUCAGGUUAAGAACGGACCUCCGGAACGAAUUAAGUACUUAACCCGAGGUACCACUGUACAGCGUCAGACAUUAAAAACUUCCCUAAACAGGGCUGCCUUCAGUUGUAUUUUAAAAGUAAAAUAGUUGUUUAUUCCCUUGACAUCUGGUGGGAGGGCGUUCCACAGGGCGGGUGCCACUACUGAGAAGGCCCUCUGCCUGGUUCCCUGUAACCUCACUUCUCGCAGUGAGGGAAGCAUCAGAAGGCCCUCGGUGCUGGACCUCAGUGUCUGGGCUGAAUGAUCGGGGUGGAGAUGCUCCUUCAGGUAUACACAUUUUUAAACCACUUUAACAAAUCCUAUGGACACAAAUACUCCUUAGGCUUCCCGCUUAACGCUCCUUUUCUCUCUCUCUUUAGACUGUGCCCAUUUCCAGGUGCACUGAAAGCUGCUACCCUGGGUUUGCCAAGGAGAUCCAGGAAGGGGAGCCGGUCUGCUGUUACACUUGUGUUCAAUGUACAGAGGGGACCAUCUCCACUCAGGAAGGUGGGUGA